GGCCUCAUACAAGGAGCUCUUUAAGCCCUGGUACCGACACACAGAGCAGGCAUUCAUAGCUACUCGGGCGACGCGAGCGAGGGGGCUGGGGAGCGAGCGUCACUUUGGAAACUCGACGGAUUCUCGUGCUAAACCGGCGACCUCCUUUUCUCAUUACUGAAGUCCUUGCUGUUGGAUUUCACCCGCGGGACGCACGGAGGAGAGAGAAAAGGGGGAGUGAGAGCGGGUGAGUUUGGCGCAGGCAGUUGUGCAACAGCAGGUAAACUGGGGUCCAAGGUGCGCACUGAGCCGCCUAUGAUACCAACUACACGGAUGGAAAGAACUUUAAUGUGGAACCCUCACAGAGUUUUGCAACGGAGGCUGAGAGUAGAGACGGACUGGCAGUUUAUAUUGUAACUUGGAGGAGGCCAGAGAGACAGUGCAGUCAGUGAAGGGAUUCUCAGGAACAGGAGCCCAACGCGUAGAGCCGAGAAUUUAGGAUCAGACUUUACGUCCUCUGCGCGCCCCGGAGUUCCCGCAAGAACGAAGAUGUCCAGAGAGGAGCAGAGCUUUUCGGAGGUCGAGCUCAGUCCGGGGAUGUCGGACGACAGCCGCUCCCUCUCCCCGGGCCAUUCCUCCGGUGCCGCCGGAGGCGGGGACUCUCCUCUCCACCAGCACCAGCACCCGCAGCUCGCGGGCCUGGACGACGUGUCCGCGGGCUGCUCGUCCGUGAAGUCCGAGGACGAGGACGAGCGCUUCCCCGCGGGGAUCCGGGAGGCGGUGAGCCAGGUGCUCAACUGCUACGACUGGACCCUGGUGCCCAUGCCCGUGCGCGUGAACAGCGGGAGCAAGCACAAGCCCCACGUGAAGAGGCCCAUGAACGCCUUCAUGGUGUGGGCGCAGGCGGCGCGGAGGAAGCUGGCCGACCAGCACCCGCACCUGCACAACGCGGAGCUCAGCAAGACCCUGGGGAAGCUGUGGAGGCUCCUUAACGAGAGCGACAAGCGGCCCUUCAUCGAGGAGGCCGAGAGGCUGAGGAAGCAGCACAAGAAGGACUACCCCGACUACAAGUACCAGCCUCGACGCCGCAAGAACGGAAAGCCCGGCUCCGGGUCGGGGAGCGAGGCCGACGGACAUCUGGAGGGCGACGCCACCCACAGCCAGUCCCACUACAAGGGCCUCCACCUGGAUGUGGCCCUCAGCGGGGCGGCCGGGUCCCCUCUGGCCGAUGGGCACCACCCUCAUGCUGCAGGACAGAGCCACAGCCCCCCUACACCUCCAACCACCCCCAAGACGGAGCCCCAGUCUGGGAAGGCAGGCGACGCCAAGAGGGAGGCUGCUGGAAACGGCGCCCGUGGCACAAUGGGAGCGGAGGGAAGCUCGGGCGCUCCGGGAUCUGGGAAACCUCACAUCGACUUUGGUAACGUGGACAUCGGUGAGAUGAGCCACGAGGUCAUGGCCAACAUGGAGCCUUUUGACGUCAACGAGUUUGACCAGUACCUCCCGCCCAACGGGCACCCGGUUGUUGGGCAGAGCGCCGGGGCAGGUGGUGCGGCCACGGCUUCUCCAGCCUCGCCCUACACCUACGGCAUCUCCUCGGCUCUGGCAGCAGCCAGCGGACAUACGGCAGCCUGGCUCUCCAAGCAGCAGCAGCAGCAGCAGCAGCAGCAACAACAGCAACAGCAGCACAGCUCCCCUCUGGGCUCAGACCCGUCCAAGGCCCAGAUCAAGAGCGAGGCUGGAGGGGCUGCGGGACACUACGCCGAAGCGGUCUCAGCAGGUUCCCACGUCACCUACACCCCCCUAAGCCUUCCUCAUUACAGCUCUGCCUUCCCCUCCCUGGCCUCAAGGGCGCAGUUUGCAGAAUACGCCGACCACCAGCCCUCGGGGUCGUACUACGCCCACUCCGGCCAGGCCUCGGGGUUGUACUCCGCCUUCUCUUACAUGGGACCUUCCCAAAGGCCCCUGUACACCGCCAUCACCGACCCGGUCAACGUGACGCAGUCGCACAGCCCCACGCACUGGGAGCAGCCCGUCUACACAACGCUGUCGCGGCCGUGACGCACAACGAGGCCAGAAGGCGCCGGUGCAGUUUCAGCCCCCGACGUCAGGCCAAAGGAGAAGAGGCAGCAUCACUGGUGAAGGCGGUCUGGUCUGGUCUGGUCUGGGGGGGUUUGGGGCAGGCACUGGGAGA